CAUUUCCGUGAGAGAGCAUCGUGUCGGGGCGGGACUUCCCGCAUCCUCCGGAGGGCGGUCGUUUUGCUUGCUCUCCGCCGCGUUCACCGGAUCAGGGGAUCCGGAGCGAUGCGCUGGGGCCGAGGUCUUUAUUCCUAGUUCAGAGACGCGAGUCUGAGGGUCGACGACGACCCCGCCUGUGGCCACCCGCUCCUGAGCCGGCACAGAGACGUAUGCGGCUGUCUCCUCUGCUGUCGCAAGCCCUUCUCCUGCCCUGCUCCUCCCACAGGCUCCGAUGGCGGCAGCCACUCUGAGGGACCCGGCUCAGGGCAGUGUGACCUUUGAGGACGUGGCUGUGUACUUCUCCCAGGAGGAGUGGGGGCUCCUUGAUGAGGCUCAAAGACACCUAUACCAUGAUGUGAUGCUGGACAACUUUGGACUUACAUCCUCGCUUGGUUGGUGUGGAGCAGAGAAUGCAGAGGCACCUUCUCAGCAGAGUGUUUCUGAGGGAAUAGUAUCACAGGCUGGGACUCCAAAGUCAGAUCCAUCAGCCCAGAAGAUUCAUCUCUGUGAAAUGUGUGUCCCUGCCAUGAAAGAUGUUUUUUACCUGGCUGAGUCCCCAGGAACAUAUCUUGGGGGGAAGUUGUACACAUGCAGGGUAUGUGGGAAACAAUUCUGGUUGAGUACAGACCUUCACCUCCACCAGAAAGAGCACAUUGGCAAGAGCCCCUUCAGCAAGGAUAUGGACAGGGCCUCCUUUGUGAAUAGCUACAGAUUCCAUGCAUCAGAGAAGCCCUUCACCUGUAGGGAGGUUGGGAAGGACUUUCCAAACAACACGAGCCUUUUUCAACUCCAUACCACUCCCAGAGGGGCAAAGCCACACAGCAGUACCGAGUGUGUGGAGGCCUUUCACAAUGGGAAAACUCAUUACAAGUGUGGUGAAUGUGGGAAAAGCUUCAGCCGCAAACGCACACUUGUUCAGCACCAAAGAGUCCACACUGGCGAGGGGCUUUAUGAGUGCAGUGAAUGUAGGAAACCUUUCAGCUACAAACAUACACUUGUUCAGCACCAACGAAUUCACACUGGAGAAAGACCUUAUGAGUGCAGUGAAUGUGGGAAAGCCUUCUGGUUGAAAUACAAACUUGUUCAGCACCAGCGAAUUCACACUGGAGAAAAGCCUUAUGAGUGCAGCGAAUGUAGGAAAGCCUUUGGGUGCAAAUCCAAACUUGUUCAGCACCAGAGAAUUCACACUGGAGCAAGGCCUUAUGAGUGUGGCGACUGUGGGAAGUGCUUUAGACAAAGUUCAAGCCUUGUUCAACACCGACGAAUUCACACUGGAGCAAGGCCUUAUGAAUGUGGUGAAUGUGGGAAAUGCUUUAGCCAGAGCUCCAUCCUCAUUCAACACCGGAGAAUCCACACUGGAGCAAGGCCCUAUGAGUGCAAUGAAUGUGGGAAAUGCUUUAGACAAAGCUCCAGCCUGAUUCAACACCAGAGAGUUCACACUGGAGCAAGGCCUUAUGGAUGCAGCGAAUGUGGGAAAUCCUUUCGCCAAAGAUUUAGCCUCAUUCUGCAUCAGAGAAUUCACACUGGAGAAAGGCCUUAUGAAUGCAGUGAAUGUGGGAAAUGCUUUAGCCAAAACUUUGUCCUUAUUAAACACCAAAAACUUCACACUAGGUAGAGCGCAGUCAAUGUAAGAAAGCUUUCAGUUAAUCAUCUGUUCUGCUUCAGCACUUAAAACUUCACAACGCAGAUAGGCUUUAUGAAUGUAGUGAAGGUGGCAAAGCCUUCAGUCAGUGAUCUAACCUCAUUCAGCACCAAAAAUUUCACAGGAGAAUGGCCUUAGACCUGGAGGAAAUGUGCUCUUUGUUCAAUAUAAUAGCACUAGAGAAACUUUGUAAAGGAGCCAUCUGCCUGAAGUUGAACCUCAUACAUCCAAACAUACAUGGUGGGGAGAUUCCACUUGAGUUCCAGAGAUUCGAGAAGUUUUCAAGAGCUGUAUUGCAUAUUCUAACCUGCCUGGGACAUAACUGCCAGAGUUAUGUAUGUCUCUGCCAGGUUCUGUGGCAGAAGCCAUUUUGCUUCUACCACCUGGCAGGUCCCCACAGUGUUUAUCAGUCGCUCCAACAUGCUCAGGAAGACACAGGUCUGUAUUCUCUCCCAUUCCCUGGAGAAAGUCAUGAAUAGCCUGAGCCCUUGGGGAAUGAUGGGGAUGGGGGGUCUCGUUCUCUUUUUUCUGACUAGUCAGGGCACAGACCAGUUUUGGCCAAGAGGACUGCUAGUGGCUUGUAAAGGUUUACCUUAUUCAUGGCAUUAUUGGUCUCAAGUGAUGCUCAUAAUGGAUUUUCCACCCUCCAGCUUAUUGACCAGGGAACUGUACUUCACAUUGCUUGGGUUUAUGAAAUAAUAAAGGUCUUUAUUGUUUAAAUUA